AUGCUGGAAAUGGACCCCUGCGAAACGGUGAGCUUUGAGGGUCGGGAUCGAAGCCGAGGUGCCAGGGUGUUGACGGGCACGCCUGCGACGAAGCUCUUCGAGAACUUGCUCAAGGUCCUGGAGCAGACGCAGCACCAGCGGAUGCUGCACGAGGUGGUGCCCCCGUUGGCCCUGGCAGCGGAACGGGCGCCGCAGGAGUUCAGCGACACCUUUCAGGCGUCGGUGCAGUUGCUCUAUGACUGGGCCGUCCGCCCAGGACUGUCCGAUGACUGCCGUGCCAUUCUCAACACGGCUUUUGCCGCCUUCAGUGCUCAGUGGCAUCAGGAGCGCCACACGGACUUCUCGGCGGCGCUGCACCAACAGGUGCUGGCCGAAUUGCAGAGCGCUGGCGAGCAUGAGAAGCUGCAUGCCUUAGUCUUCAGUUUUUACGGCCUCUCAAAGGCUAUGGGGAACCUGGGUGCUCACUAUGCAGAAGUGGCUCCCCUACUGCUCCGAUGCAUCGAUCAGGCAGCGCAGCUCAGUGGGCUUUUUGCGUCCGAUGGCCAGAGCCGUUUCUGUCAGCGGUCCGCAUGGACACAGCGUUCCAUUUCCCUCAUCUCACGGGGGAUGUGCCAUAUCCGGCUGUGCACCUCCGUGCACUUGGCCGCCCUCCGAGCCCUCGGCGCCGAGCCAUCGCCCUCGCCCUCCUCCGCGAUGGCGGCGCUGGAGGUGCUGCAGAGUGGGACCUUCCGAGAGCUCAAGGCCUUGAGCGACGUGGGGCUCCGACAGCUCUGCGAAGCCACCUGGGAAGCCAUGCUGAACCACUCCUGCGGGGAGGUGCUUCAGGCGGCUUGCCUGGAGAAAGUCUUGGAGGAGUUGCAGGAGCUCGUGCCGGUCUCGGACACCGAGUGUUUGCACGCCGGAGUGGCCAACUUGCAGCUUCUACAGCACUACUCAGGGGUCCUGGAGCCCAAGCAGCAGCAGGUCCUCUCCGAGAGCCUGCGCCCCAUCUUGGCGGCCAGCCGGCAGACGGACGGUCAGAGCGAGAUGCUCCUGGCGGCAAAGCUGCUGCGGCUCCUGGACGACGAAGCGCUGGUGGAGUGGAUUGCGGAGGAGGUCUCGCAUCUCGUGGCAGCGCGUCCGCACUCGAAGGGCCUUCGUCUGCUGCAGUCCUUCUCUUCGGUGCCUGGUACCUUCUGGCAUUGCUUCGGUGGGCGCCUGAAGCUCUGGGAGCCGACCUUCCAAACGGCGGAUCCCCAGGCGCUGGCCGAGUGCGCGCUGGCGCUCUGGCGCGACGAGCCGCGCUUCGGGCGCCUGCUGCGGAGUUGCUUUGGGCAGCUGAUGGACCCACUGUGCCCCGGCGAGGCAGCAGCGCGGGGGCGCCAGAAGCUCUGGGCGAAGCUGGCGGCUGCACGGCUGGACCUGGGCGAGGCGCUGGUGGCGCCCAGUGGCGUGUUGCGAAGCUUGCUGGUGACCAGCUCCGAACUCAGCAGUGAAUCCCUGGGCAGCCUGUUGACAGCCCUCCGCACCUUGAGCCCGGGCGACGGGACGCAACACCGGGACUUUCGAGAGUACUUGUCCUCCAUGCUUUGGCGGGCGCCAGGAGUCCCCAACAACCUGAAGACCCUCUGGCUGCUGUUGCUGGCUGCGGCGUUCUUCGUCUCGCACCGCCUGAAGUCGCCCUUCGGCUCGGCGUCCUCGAGCCUGCAGAUGCUGGAGACGAUGAUGAUCGAGUCCUCGAGCAAGGUGGCUCAAAAGGUCGCGGCGAGCCUCUCGAAGCAGGGAGCGGCCUUGGAUGCCAGCAUCAUUGACGGGAGUUUCUGCCCUUUGGCCUGUGUUCAAGUGGUCUUCGCGCUGGAGCAGCUGAUUCUACUGGCGCAGGAGCCGGUGGUCUUCAAACCAGAGGUUCCCGAUCGGACUGGACGCGUUUCGAAGCAGUUCUUCGAGGCCAACCGAAAGGUCUGCGCCGAUUGGUUCCACCGGAUGCGUGGACUGCUGCAGCACACCUUGGCGCGCUACGGCUCGCACGCGGCGACCUAUUCCCUCACGCAGGCCCGCUUGGUCGAUGCUCUCAGCCACCUGAGCAGCACCGAACCCUUGCCCUUGUCGGAGCACGCCUUGCAAGUGCUCACUCGGAGGAAGGCAGAGGGUGCCCCGGGCCUGCGCCGCGAGCUGAUCCUCUCCACGGUCUGGCCAGCACCGUCCGCGGGCGACACGCGCGACGCGCGCGCGCUGAUGCCGGCGCUGGAGCAGCUGGAGCCGCGCCGUUCCGGAGGAACGCAGCGGGUGACGAUCCUGACAGAUCCCAAGAACAGCUUACCAUCGCACAAGGCCGUGGAAGCCUUGGACCAGAACCUCGUGCCGUUGCUCUCGAGCGCCUUGCGCCUGCGCGACGUGGGUCUGUGCCGCGGCGUCCUGGCGCUGCUCUGCCACGGCGCCUGGGCCUUUGCCGCGCCCACGGGGCGCGCGGUGGUGCUCUUCCAGGAUGCUUUGCUGUGCUUCGCACAGAAGCGCUACGAGGAGGCGAAUCUGCUCUUUGCCAAGUCCUAUGAGGACCCCGAUGCGUGGGAGGACACGAACAACGCGGCGGAUGUUAGGCGCUUGGGCUCCGGGCGUGGUCUGCAGAAUCUGCUGGCGCGAACCUGGCUGGACAGCGCGCUGGAGGCGCGCGAUGAAGAGGCGCUCCAGGCGUGGCUGCGGAUGCACCAGGGCUGGGCGCCGGAGGCAAUGGUGGCCUUUGCCCAAUCGUACGAGCUACUCCUGAAGCGAGACUGGGAGGCGAGCCGCUCGGCCCUGGGCACGGCCCAAGCCGCCAGUGCCGCCGCCUGGGCGGCCGCGGCCGACGCGGACGCGUCCGCGGCCCGCGGGGGCGAAGGGGUGGCGAGGCUGUCGAGGUGGGACGAUCUGCAUGCGCUGUUCAUGGUGGAAGCGGCCGUGGAGGUCAAGUUGGGCUCGGAGCUGGCACCCCAAGCGUUGCGCCAGGCACGGUCCUCACUGGAGACAGAGAUCAGUGCGCUGUGCCAUACUGAGCCCUUGCUGCUGAGCUCCCUUCAGGUGCAUGACGAGCUGCAUCCACAGCUGGAGCUCUUAGAUGCCUUGGAAUCGCCCGAGAAGACGGGCUGCUCAGCGGCAGCGCUUCGUCGUGCGGCUUCCUUGGAUCUCUUGGAGGUGCUACAGGUGCCAGAAGCCGAUGCCUUGAUGCAGACUUGCAUGCAGGAGCGGAGCUACAAGCUGGCGGAGUGGGUUUUGGACACCCAGCAGGUCUUGGAGCCGAGCCUUUGGCGCUCCAAGCUGCUGAUGGCGCAGCGCGAGCGGAUGGCCGAAGGUUUGCAGGUCUUGGACUAUGCCCUGGCCUCGGCCUUCACGAAGCUGCGAGACGCGGACUUCCGCCGCGGCCGUCGGGCGGUGCACCACGAGAUCGCCGGGCUCUCCUCUCAGCUGCUGUCCUCCGUGGGCGCCACGCCCUCGCCGCGCGUGCUGCGCUCGCUGGUGGGGCUGGGCAAGCACCUGGCAGCGGAAGGUGCGGGACUGAGCUGCGAGUGGAGCGAUGUGGGAGAUUGCCAAGAGCCCACGAGCUUGAUCCAAGCGCACUCACGUACCAGUACCCCGAUCGUGGUGAAGGGCCCGUCCCAAUCUGGUGCCACGCCUGCUCAGCAGCUGGCGCCCAUAUGCGCUGAAGGGUUCAACGCUGCCUAUGCCCAAUGCUUGGGGGGUCAGAAUUCUUAUUUGAUGAUUAUGGUCACAGAUGCUGAAAAGGCCUACUGUGCCUACACGGACGGGUGGGCGGCGACCACCGAGAAUUAUCCGGAUCACACAGCGUGCUUCGCAAGUCCAGGUCAGAGUGAAGCUCUUUACUAUGACUCUAGCCAGAAGAGCUUAGUGAAUUGGGACAAGGCCACCGUCGUCACAGGAGUGGAACAAGACUACACGAGUGGUGAGUAUGCCUUCAACUGGAGCCCUUCGGAUGGGUACAUUGGGGUGAUUACCAAGAUUCCAAGUGAACAGAAGCAGUACUCCAUGUAUGUGAAGAACAACUUGGGCUCCAGCAGCAGCAACGGCCUCUCCGCCGACGUGCCCUGCGACCGCGACACCUCUGUACAGUACCAGGCGGAGCACUUCCCGGUGAACGGCCUCAGCGGACCCUGUCAAAAGGACAACGACGACUAUUGGAUGGCCUUCGGAAGCGGCGAGGUGACCAUUUGCUUCCCAGGUGCGCCGGGGCAGCUGUUCGACGAGUGGGCCGGGCGCUGGUGCACGGCGCUGAUGGUUCCCGAGCUGUCGACGACGCUUCCGGGUGCACAGCUGAACCCCUUCUUCAUGGGCCAGUGGUUUGAACAGACCUGCCAGCUGUGCGAUGAUGGCCACCUUUGGGGGCAGUACGCGGAUUGGCUUUUCCUGCAGGCCUGGUCCUUGGAGCCCGCCUACGUGGAGGCCGUGCUUUCGGCGGCCCUCGGCAGCGCGGCCCCGCCGGAGCUGCCGCAGCUGGCGCGCUGGGUGGCACAGGGUAUCCGAAGGUGGGUGAAGCAUGAGAGCGGGCGAGCGACCGCGAUGUCUUUGCAGUGGCUCUUGAAGCACUCCAAGGUGGGGCAGUGCAGGUGCUGGAAGGACUUGGGAGAGCAACGGGCAGCGGCGCUGGCCGAGCCAAUUGCAUUCUUGGCAUCCACCUUCAGCCAGUGGCAACGCGCGGCUGGUGCACAGACCAUCGAGGCGUACGUCCGGCACCUGAACCGCUCCGAGCUGCCGCCCAGCCAUCCGCGCGUGCAGCGCGCGGUGCUGCGGUCCUUGCGGCUCACGGAGCGGCACCUGCAGAGGCCCAGCGCACUGGAGUGGCUGGAGACGCGUUUCCUGGAGCCGCUGCUGCCACAGCUUCUGGCUUAUAUGAACGGUCCCUCCACGGAGCACAGCGUGGCCACGGUGGCUGCAGGUUUGUUCGAGCGGGUGGCCGAUCGGAAGCCACAUGUGGUGCUCUUCCCAGCGCUGGCAGCAGAGGAGUCUUCCAAGGCGCUGGCCAUCGCCCAGCGUCUGCAUCCGGCGCUGCUGGGCACCGCCUCGCGCUUCGCACGCGCGUUGAACGCCAUGGCCAUCCCGGUGGAUGAGGUUUGCGCGCGGAUCCUGCACUUCGCAGAGUCCUUCUUGGCGCCCAAGCCGGUGGACGAGGUUCCGAGCUGUGCUCCGCAACUCUUGGGUCCUCUGCUGGACUUGCUCGAAGACCUCGACGUGGAAAAGCCCCAUCGCAGCGGCAGUCCCUCCCAGGUGCUGUGUUUGAUGGGCUGUGCGCCCUCGCUGGACUCUGUCUAUGCGCGGCGCUUCUUGCAGAUCUUCCUCCCGCCCCUCCGCAGGAUGCUCUACCUGCAUGGCCCGCAUCGUCUCGCGAAGGGCGCGCAGGAGCUGCAAAGGAGCUUGUUGGCCCAUCUCCACGUGUUGCAGCGAAGCUGCAACCACUUCGCGAGCAGCAGCGUGCCCUUGGUGGACCUGGCGCCCGACCUGCUGCAGAUGUUUCAAGACCAGGAGCAGAUCAUCCUUCCCAUCGACGUGGCGCCUGGCGCGCCGCUCAUGCGCCUCACGCGCGCGUCGGAGGUAGUGCACUUGCUCUCCACCAAGACCAAGCCCAAGAAGUUAAGCUUUGAGGCGCAGGAUGGCACCUGGCACAGCUUCCUCCUCAAGGGCAGCGACGAUUUGCGCUUGGAUGGCCGAAUCAUGCAGCUCUUGCAGAUGGCCAAUGCGGUGGUGGAGGCGGGCGCUUGCAAGGCCUUAGAGGCCUUGGGCCCCACCUGCGGGACUCGUGGCCUGCGCUGCCGGGGGUAUGAUGUGGUUCCCAUCGCUGCCAGGGCGGGGCUGAUCCGCUGGGUGGCGGCCGUGCCGCUCUUCGUGAUCCACAAGCAACGGCGCCAGGCAUCUCAAAAGCAGGAGACGGAAAAGCCCAAGGCCUUGGCGAGUGCCGACCUGUGGCAUCGGAAGAUUCAACAACACCUCAGGGCGAUGGACUCGGAUGUGAACCACCCGCGCCGGCACUGGCCGAUGGAGGCGCUUCGGAGGACCUUUGAUGAGAUGCAAGCAGAUUCGCCCUCGGACCUCAUCAGUCGCGAGCUUUUCUUAAGCUCUCUCCAUCCAGGACAGCACUUCUUGCGGCAGAGGGCAUAUACCUUGUCGACCUCAUUUAGCUCGAUCUUGGGGCAUCUCAUUGGCCUGGGAGAUCGUCACUUGGACAACCUGCUCUUGGACCUGACCACCGGAGAGGUGGUGCACGUGGACUAUUCCAUUUGCUUUGACCGUGGCCAGCGCUUGCGUGUACCAGAGCGGGUGCCCUUCCGCCUCACGCGGUGUAUGGUUCAUGCUCUUGGGCCUCUGGGUUUGGGUGGUCCCUUCGUGCAGACGAUGGAGGUGGGCUUGGGUCUCAUCGCCGAGUGGCGCGAGCUCAUCCUCUCCUUGAUGGAGCCUUGCUUGGCCUUGGCGCCGGUGAAUGAUUGGGUGGCGCCGGUGAUGAGCCCCUUCCAAAAGACCAAGGAGGUGAAAGAAGCGAAGGUGGACACGUCCAAGGAUCACAAAGAGGAGGCGGCCCCCGCAGCGCCUCCCGGGCUGGCGCCGAGCGGGCCUGCGCCCAGCGCGGCGGCGAGGUCCAGCAGCGAGGCGCCGGUGAAGUUGGAGGCCGAGAACCAGUUGGAGUGGCCGCUGGGCUGCGAAGGUGAAGUUGUGUCAUCUGAGGCUUGA